GGGGUGCCACCCGCGAUUUGUCUCGACGGCGUCAGGGUCCGGGGCCGAGGUGGCCGGCGGGCUGAGCGUGGACAUGGGUCGACCCGCGGUGCUGGUAGCCGCCUUCCUGGGCUGUGUUGUCUACGUUAUCGUCGCGCGAACGUUCCUGCCGGGACUCCGACGGCGGGAAGGAGCUGACGCGUCCCUUCAGCCGCAGGGGAUGCCCCCUACUCAAGGCCCCUCUCCCCGUCAAGCCCCCCAAACCCCGAAGGCCCCCCACAACACAAAGGGGUCUUCGCGGUCCAAGGAGAGUCGAGGGACCAACUCUGGGCCGGGCACCAGUUUCAUCAAGCAAGUGCUGCCUGUGUACGGGUUUGGCAUUCUCAUCUACAUCGUUUACAUUCUGUUCAAGGUCGCUUCAAAAAACGAGCCUCGGGGCAUUAACAAACCCGUGUUGAACAAGGAGGGAAAUUCCCAGCGAAAAAUAACUGACCGGCAGCUGGAGGAGCUGGAGCGACGUUUGGCAGAGACCGAGGUGGCGUUGAAGACUCUGGCCUCCCAUCUAGAGCCGCUUGGCAAUGCCGUGCAGAGGACCAGCAGCCUGUUUGAGAACGACUGGAUCGGCGCAACGGCCGAGCGGCAGGAGCAGGUGGUGCGGCGCUUGCAUGAGAUGACGCUCACCUCCCGCGCCGCCAAGGGGUCCGGGCCCACGAGCGCCGAGCAGGAGGCCGAGGACUCCCCCUUCUCGCUCGAUGGUGAUGAUGCCAAAGAAAUACCUACAUUUGUGCUGCCUUCCUCCCGCUUUGCACCAACUCCCGACGGCCAUCUCACCGGCCACCCGAGUUCUCGCCGGUCGGCGCAACGCGUGCCCGAGAACUGGGCGCCCGACUGGCCGGACGACGCAGGUGGGCCGGGCGACGCAGGUGGGCCGGGCGAGGCGGAUGGGCCGAUCCCCGGGUGCCAUCGCCGCUUCAUAACGACUCAAGGGGAGGAUGUUGGCGACCUUGGCGACCGUCGCGGCGGCGGUGAGGACGUCGGUGAACGCGUGCUGACCGGCAAGGCGUCGCGUCUCAGAGGGCCGUGGCCACGCAGCGCUUGGGGCUUCUCUUCUGCGGCCGAGUUUCCGUCGUCUGUCGUCGACGAGCCGGUGGAUUGGGACAGCGACCCGCUGGUGGCUGCCGAGAAUUUUGGAUUUAAUCGGAGCGACCUUUGCUGUGACCUCGACGAUGGUGGUGAUGGUGGUGACGGUGGUGGUGGUGACGGUGGUGGUGACGGUGGUGGUGACGGUGGUGGUGACGGUGGUGGUGACAGUGGUGGCAGUGGUGGCAGUGGUGGCAGUGGUGGCGGCAACUCCCGCGAUGGUGACCACAAUCGCCAUCGCAUUUGCGAUGACAAUAAUGAUGGUGACCACGGUGUCCUUGAUGAUAGCUGCGACAAUGAUGGCGAUCGCAAGCACGGCAGUUCGAGUCCUGAAUGCGCGAAUGCCGGUGACGCACACGCCGUGAGAACUGAGUUGAGACGCCGUGUGAAGCUCGGGUCACACGCCGACCCGGUCACAGGUUCGGAGAAGUGAACUUACGUAUGCUACACCGCACGGCCGCCACUGUCGCCCGUCUAUGUAUCCAUCGUGUGCGGUUGUUGAGCAAUAGAUGUUUAAUCGGGAAAGCACCACACUGUAGGGUUGUGUUCCCGAGUUUUGUAUUAAUCGAAUAAUCUGACAAACUGGACUUAGAAACGACAUUUAGCAUACGAACUUUAUUGUCUGGUUCGGAUCGAUUUGAAAAUACAACGUAGCAGGAACUGACCCCACAUGUCACGUUAGCGUGUAAUAUAUUAACGGUGUCGCAUGACGUCGCUUUUAUUAGCUCGAAGACGUAAGUUAUUGCAGAAUGUUCAAUAAAAUCCCUUGUAGCGCCGUGGUCUAGUCGGUGGGAAACCCAGGAAAGUGUUCCUGCUACCGGCACAUCACGUCCAGUAUACCUCUGGCCAUGGCGGCUGUCACUGAUAGUCACGCCACCUACUCCUCCUCCUCCGGUCUGUCUCGCAGCGAAACUGGAAAACAUUAUUGGUGAAAAGCGGUGAUCGCCGGCAUCUUGGCCGCGAGCUGGGGAGAAAGCCAUCGCGUGACGCUGGCUCGUUAGUUUUGCUCUUUCGAUCUGGGGAUGAGUGAGCGCUUUGCCUGAAUGUUUUCUUAUUACGACUGUUAAUAUCACAGCAUGGACGCGGUGGUUGUGUUAAGCACUGUGAAGCUCUGUAAUGAAAGUCACUUUAUUAUAUAUGAGAUGACGGCUAUGAUGUGGAUGAUGAUGAUCGUCGUAACGUUUUUUGCUGCCCGCGGUGCACGCUGCCCACGCUGCCCACGCUGCCCAUGCUGGUAGUACCCCCGUGACAAACAGGCUAUAACAAUCAUGAUGAUGCUGGCUAGAGGCGGGUCUACUCUGGCUGUGUGAAUCACAUUCUGCUCCACUUCCUCCCAGUACACUUGAGCUCAGUAUUUGCUGUGGCCUGGCUUGUGUAACACCCGAGUGAUGAUAGCAAUAGUGUGUGUGUUGUUUACAGUUUUAAAGUAAAAUACACUUUAUAAGUAACGAUGUAAAAAAA